CUUCUCCUACAUGAAGCUCCCGCCGCACAACCAUGUCCAACUUGCCCGAAUCACACCCAAAAUCGGGCGAAUCGUCUCGCUGAGUUUGCUGGUCCCCCCAACCUCUCUCUCUCUCUCUCUCUCUUCUCCAUUUCAUCCAAACCACGUGAAGAAUAUUCUCGAACUAAUUUCUUUCUUCUUCGAGUAUGUGAUUGGACGAAUGGGAAACGUGGGAUUGAUCUAAAUCGAUCCUAGCCUUCCAUUCAACCGCGCGCUUACUUGGUUGAGAGAUUUUUCGGUUCCUUGGAGAUAAAGGCUAGAGGUUUCUAGGUUCGAUAUAUAAGGGGUUCGUUUUCAGAUUUGGGGAGGGAUUUCUUGAGAGAAAAGCUAGGGUUUUGGGGUUUUGAUUUUGAGUCCUCCUCUUAAUCUAAUUUUCAGUUUGUUCAUAGAUAAAAAAAAGGGUUCUGUUUCGUGUUGAUAAUCAGAAAAUAUUUUCAAAAAAAAAAAAAGUUAGCUCUUUCUGGUUCUUGUUUAUAUUUUUAGAAGUCAGAAAAAUCAAAAAAAAGAACAACACAAAAUAAAUAUAGUUCAUUUUUCCAGUUCUGAUUUAAGCAUGGAGUUUGAUUGAACUCUGGUGGUGUUCGAAUUAUUGGAGUCGCCGCUAUGUUUCGGGUCGUGGCUCGUGGUUUCUGUUCGAAGAUCCUGCUGAGUUUCUCUGUUCCGGAUUCGCUCGAUCCAAGGUUGUAACUGCAGAAAUUUUGUUAAUUGAAGCUGCAUUUUCAGGGAAUGCCCCGAUGGGUUUGUAUAUAUUAUUAUCCGAGGUAUGCCCCGAAGAACUAUGUAAAUAUUCUGGAGGCCUUGACGAGCAUGGUGGAGAAGUCGUAGUAUAGGUAUGGAUCCACUCACCAAUGCUAGAGUAUCAAUGGUGGUCAAAGUCCCUAGAAGGCUAGUAAAAUGGUGGAACAUGUUCACAUUAUUUGAGCAAUAUGAUUUGAUGGGUAAAUUAGGGACUCUUAUUUCUUUGAUGGACAUCACUCCCCGUCCCGACCUUGUAGAAGCAAUGUUGACAUUUUGGGACCCACAGGGAAUGGUAUUCAAUUUUGGUGAUCUUGAGAUGACACCCACCUUAGAUGAGAUAGCCGGGUUAACCUGCCUGCCAUACCUAGACAAGGAUUUAAUUUACACAAGGGCUCAUUCAAGCACCAAGUUCCUUAAGAUCAUAGGGAUGGAUUUGGAAACUCGCAUGGGAUGUAUAGAUCAAUCUUGGGUACCUUUGGACUUUUUAUUCGAGAGGUUUGCUCGUCCUACGGGGUAUGAGACCUUCAUAGAUGAAUUUUCCAUAUCAUAUGAUUCUUGGAAGAAGAGGCGUCCUAUGGUCUUCGCUAUUGCAUUGUUGGGUCUCAUGGUAUUUCCUUUGGAGGGUGUACAUAUUAGCAUGCGUCUGGGGUCAAUAGACUUUGAAUUCUUCCAUGAUAAACACAGUGGUAAGGUCACCGUGGUUCCGACAAUUUUGGCAGAGAUCUAUCGUGCUUUGACCAGGAUUCGAGAAGGUGGGAGGUUCUUUGAGGGAAGCAACUUGUUGCUACAGCUGUGGAUGAUAGAACACUUACAUCCUGCCACCAUGUUUAAGAAAGAUGUGAUUGAUCGUUGUCUGAGAGAUCGAAUGAAGUGCAUCGAGCAUAGGAUGACGUUCGAUAAGUUUGCCUUACCACUCGGAGUUCAGGAUUGGGUUGAUUAUUUAGGAUCCUUGACUGAAGAGAAAAUUUUGUGGUCAUACCUAUGGAUUGAUUUGGACGUGAUCUUAGCAGGGUCUCGCAUGCAAGACUUCUUGGUACUGAUCGGACUUUGGUGUACUAGACCAUAUACCCCUGCUAGAGUGAUGCGUCAGUUAGGGAGGCGGCAAAAAGUCCCCUACAUUCUUGAUUCUCGUGACUUCAUUAAGGAAUUUGACACUAUGCUGCAUAUGGAGGUCGACAUCUAGACCUAUUGGCAUCGUGCAAUGAAGAUGGGUAGGGAUACUUUAGCUGCUGACCAACAUUCACCUGGGUAUACCUAUGAGUACUUCAUAUGGCUACAGUCUACUCAGCGGGGGGUUAGCAGGCCAUUGCCCCGACGUGUUAGAGGAGUAUUUGAUGAGGAGUCCACCUCAUGGAUAUUGCCUAGAUAGUUGAUGGAUCGAUUACCCAGGCGGAGGAGGCCUAUGCAGCAGAAAGGGUUGGGGUUUGAGCUACACUUCAGUCACUGAGAUCACAGUUGGCAGGGUUGGUAAAGAACAUGGGAUAGCACCGUGAGUACCUUACGAGAGUCAGCCUUCUAGAUGUAGGCACGCAUUCCAGGAUUCCUAUUCCCAGCAUCGAGGUGUCCUUGCAGGGUAUAAUACAAACCUUAGAUUUGAUAGGAUUGACGGGGCCAUCCGGAUCUUCAUCGGACCCAUCCCAGCUAAAACCGUCGCAUUCAGGAGCAGCUUGAGGAGUCAUUCUAUUUAGAUUUUUUGGAGAUUGUCUUAUGUUGUCUUUUACUUUCGCGACUUGUCUAGGAGUACUGGGUCCUUUAGGUAGUGUCAGAGUCUCUCAUAGUGUAGUCGAGUCUGUCAUGUCUUUCAUUAUCGUACUUCCCAUUGUAUUUUAAUAUCGAAAAGUUUUUAAAUGAAAAAAUCCCAAAAAGUUUUUAGUUUUAA